AUGGCCCACGGUAUUAGCACCCAAGAAGCUGCGGAGGACUCCGACGGAGCUAAUGAUUCUGCUUCUCCAUUUGAUGGUGGUGGAUACAUCUCUGGCACCUCGCGAGGUGCACGUCUGGUUCUACAAUCAGAACAACGUCAAGUCGAUAUGGAGGGUCCAGAGAUCAACAUCCCGAAUGAUGGACCGCCGCGUCGGUUCUCAUGCAACUCGCUUGCCGGCAGCUCCAUGACCACUCCCCGAACUGUCUUGUCAACAAUUGGCAAAGAUUGGCUGGACCACUAUACAAAAAUCUACUUCCGGCAUGUGCAGCCUCAAUGGACGUUCAUUGACGAAGUAGCUUGGCGAGACGCGUAUGCGACUCACUCAUCUAGUUUGUCUGAGGCUGCGAUAUGCCACCAUUUUGUCAUUCAAAUGGUGUUAGCCAUUGGUGCUCUAGAGGUCGAUGAUCACGCUGGAAAUCUUUGCGUGGACUAUGAGCAUACCCGUAACAUGACUAUCAUGAGCUCCCAUAUCUUGAACGAGGUCGUGGCGUCAGCUUGGACAUACCCCGAGCCAUUCAUGUUCGAGAUUCUGGACGAAAAGAUCUUUCAACACGCCUCCCAAAUGCCUGCCGGUGAAAAGGAGACGGGAUUCUACAGUCACAUAUUCCAACUCAGGUGUAUCCAGUCAAAGAUUCGUCACUUCAACAAGAAGCUUCAGAAGCUGGAUCCCUCGGAUCCAUUCGGAGAAUCUAGCCGACUGCGCUUGAAAGAUGAACUUCAAGCAUGGAAAGAGAAAAUCGAGGCGGUCACGAAUUCAAGCCCCAAAGAUGACUUGGUAUACCAUGAACCUAGUUCACUGUCAAAACUGUACGACUACAGCUUAUCUAUUCUGGUUCAAGAGCGUCCGUGCAUGAUGGGCCACGAAGAGGUUGGUCAAUUAGUGGAAUGCUGCAGCGAGGCGUGUCGUACCUUUCUGUCAUCUCAGGAGAAUGACUCGGUGAUAUACCGGACUUGGACUGCCUUGAUGUACCAAUUCAGACUCGGGAUCAUUUUACUUUACUGUUACGCAAUGACGCCACCGCUCCUUAGGACGGCAAACUUCAGUCUUCCUGAUACCAUCUCCGGCUUUGAAUGCUGCCACAGAACUCUGGAGAAGUUCUCGAUCAGGUGGCCUCGGGCUCUAGUAUUUCUGCAGUCCUUUCAGCUCCUGGCGGAGUCGGUGUUCGAUGGCCCUGCCUUCGGUGGCCAAGCAUGUAAUUCGAACAUGCUCGACUCGCCGUCAUCCCAGUCAUUGUGUUCGCCAUAUGCCCUAGAGGGGGAGAGGAAGAUUCGGAUGCAGAGCUACAUCGUCGAGCUACGCGUACAGCAUGUUCAUCAAGCGGUCAUCAGCUUGAUGGAAGAGAUGCUUAAUCGACCUCAGCGCCAGGACCUGAAUUAUGAAGGAUUGGAUCUCUUGCCGAAUAUGUCAAUCGCUGGCUUUGAUUUGUUCAAUUUCUGA